CCCUUCUUUCAUUAUUAUUAUUAUUAUCUGAAGAAAAAUUCUCUUUUUUCUUCUUCUUGUGCUAUUUUAAUAUUUUACUAUAUUAGGUGAGGUGAGAUAAAGUAGGAUAGGGUGCCAAGGAAGAUUGGUCUAGUUAGUAAGGAACAAAUUCAUAUUUUCAUGGAGUUGUUGCUGAAAAAUCUGUAAAUAGCAUUGUAAGUGUUCCGUGAGUCUUGAGGUCUAUCCUGGUCCUGUUGAGUCUCUCUUUUUUUUUUUUUUUUUUUAAAUUUUUCAUUACCAAAAAAUGUAGGGUAGGGUCUUGUUUAUUUUAUUAAGUUUUUUUUUGUUCGUUAUUCUGCGGUUUGGGGUGUAGGUGAGAUAUAUUAUCCUGUUUUGUCGGUGCAGUUAUAGAGGUGUGUGUGUUACUUGUUUGGAGUUGGUUUAGUUCCUUAAUCGUGGUUUUGCAUUUGUUCCAGGCUUUGGUGUGGUGUGGUGUGAUUCUUUGUGUCUAUUCUUGAGAUGUUUUUGUUCAGUUAUGAUUUGGCUGAUUGUGCUCGGUGUACUUUGCUUUUUUUUUUUUCUUCCUCCUAGCUUAGCUUUAAAGUGCUUAUCUGAAUGGCUGUCUUGUAACGCGUGUGAAAUAUUGUUUUCCUUUUCAGCGAAUUGAUUCUUGCAGCCCCCAGGUGUGUUUUGGUAUUAAAAAUAAUAACUUCGUUUGUACGGUAAAAAGGCUUGAAGUGGGUGUGUGCAAGUUGUUGUAGUCUUAAAAUAACACAACACUACUAUUCUGCUGUUUUUCCUCCAGCCAUUGUGGGGGCCCUCAAUUGUGUAUUGAUAUGCUGUUACAGUUUUCUCCUUACUGUUUCUGUGUUUGGAUUAUCUGUUUUGGAGAAAUAUUUUUUUUCCUUUUAUAGAUUACUUAAGAGAGCCUUUGAAAAUAUAAAAUAACGAUUAUUUUCCAAAUACAAUCUGUUACCAAACAUGACCAAAACUCUAUAGGUAUGUGAUCUGUGUAAAGAUACAUCCAGGUAUUUCAGUUUAGUGUUAUGAAUCAAAUUGUUUUAUUGUGCGAACUGCAAAGGCAUGUUAUUUGUACUACAUGAGCAAUUCCUUGUUGAUCUGAGUGAACCCAGGAUUCUUAAGGCUUGCAUUAUUAUUAUCAUAAUGAUAGUUUUCUGCUGAUUGGAGUUUGUGAGUGGCUGCAACCUGCCCUUGUCUGGUCAUCCAUAAAGUGGGUCCUGAUUAUUGAAUAUUAAAUUUUAUCUAUCUUAAACAGAUAGUUUGUCUGAUUGUUCAUGUAAUUUCCUUGCAUGAAGACACUAUUCAUGUAUUGCCUCCUUGACUAAUGUUAGUUUGACUUGUUGGCACAUUAUUGAGAAUGAGUGCAAUUGAUGUUGCUGGAUCAUGCAAUCCUAACCACAUGCUUUGCUAUUAUGACUAUUCAUCUCUAUUAUGGUGCUAGCUAUGUCAGACUGUCAGUUGUCACAUGUACUAUCCAUUUCAAUUUGACUCAUUUGUGCUACUGUGCAUUCUAGGAUAGUAUUCAAUAGUGCAAUAAGUUUGUAUUUUGGAGACAGAUGGUCAUCAUAAUUGGAAAGUUUCCAACCACUGGAUAUGGAGAAUAUGGUCUAUCAGUCAAUGAAUGUGGGUUUUAUUUGCAGUUUUUUUUUUUUUUUUGGAGCUGGGAUGGCUUUCUGUUGACUGUUCCAAGAGUAUUUUGUGUCUUCUUUUUAUCUCAUGGCUCUUCCACUGUUGUCUAAGGCAAAAGUUACUCUUUUCCUUAAUAUGAAAAACAAUACUCUUCUGAAUAUGCUAAGAUAAAAUACAUAUUAUGAGAAAGAUAGUAAACAGAUAUUUAAGAUGGAUUUCUUAGCAUCCAAUCUCCCUGCAUUUCAGAUGUACUAUCCGAUGGAUACACAUUGUAGUUUAUCUCCUUUAUUUAAGCUUGAUGACUUCUCUUUUGAAUUAUUCUGAUGUCUUUCACUAAAGAGUAAAUACAAUGCUAUCCCUUUUGGUAAUAGAGAAGAUAAAGAACUUUAUUGGUAUUGUUUUGGUCUUAUUUUACUAAUAUGUUAAAGCUGAAUUCUAAGUAUAAUGGAGCCACAGGAUGUUACUUGAGCAAUGUUUGAGAAUUGCUUCAGUAAAACAGGGCUAAAGGAACAUGUUAGAUGCUCACAUGAUGUGCAUUACUGCAAGAUUUAGAAAUUCCGUCUCAUUUGCAUGUGCAUUUAAUCAAACAAGAGAUGCGUUUAAGUGCUUCCAAUUUGUGGCAACAACAGCUUGGCAUGCUAAGGAAACAGUAGACUUGUCAUCCUUGCACAGGUUUCAUCAGCUUCCUGAGUUUGAUCAAGGAAAAAGAAGUUGCCGCAGGCGACUAGCUGGCCAUAAUGAACGUCGGAGAAAGCCCCCACCCAGCUCCCUCUUGACCUCUCGCUAUGCUAGACUUUCUUCAUCUGCUUUUGAUCAUAGUGGCAGAGGUGGCAACUUUCUGAUGGAAUUGGCUUCAUACCCAAAACUUAGUCUGAGAAAUUCACUUCCAACUCCUAGGUCAUCCGAGCUAGCGCCUGGAAAUCAAACCUCCACCCUCAGCUGGCACGGGAACUCGGAGACAUCAUCUGACCUUUUCUUGCAAGGUUCGGUGGGUGGGACAAGCUUCGCCGGCCCGGGACAUCCUCCAGGGGAAAGUUACACUGGGGUCACCACCUCGAGCUGUGCUCUCUCUCUUCUGUCAAAUCAAACAUGGGGUUCUAGAAACCCAGCACCAAGUCUUGGGUUGAAUAACAUGGUAAAUUUCCACGGGACGCCCAUGACACAGCCUGCUGCAUCAUCUCAUGGUGCAUCAAUCCAUCAACUUCCAAAUACCCCGUGGUGUUUCAAGGGCAUUGAUUCUGGUAACUGUUCGCCCGAGGGGGUCCCUGAUCUAGGUCUCGGUCAGAUUUCGCAGCCUCUCAGUAGCCAACUUCACGGUGAGCUGGACCUGUCCCAACAAGGCAGGAGACAUUAUAUGGAUCUAGAACAGUCCAGGGCAUAUGAAUCUGCUCAUUGGUCACUUUAAUGCACUUGUUUUUGUUUUUGUUUUUUUGUCAGGUUUGUAAUAAAAUGUAGCACAAACCUGUGCCUACUUGGUUACUGACCAGAUUGAUGAUAACUAUUUCUUGUUUUGGUUUGUUCAAACUGAUAAGCAAGGUGGGUAGCCUUGCCUCAUUUGUGGAACUUUCUGGCGGCGAAUGAAAUCACCCGACUGUGUUUUGUUAGUGUCUUAAGCAUAGGUACGGUGUCUUCUGCCAUUGCUGUCACCUCUUUGCUGUUUGCUACCCCUGCUCCAAGUUAUUUGAUAUUAUCUUUUGACUAUCUGUCAA